GCCCCGUCCCGGCGGCCGGCUCCGCGGGGGCUGCCCCCGCAGCCCACCAUGACCGGGCCGAGGCUGGCCCUCGCCGCCGCGCUCCUCUGCAGCUGCACCUCGCCGGUGGCCGACGCCAACUCCUGGUGGUCUUUGGCCAUGAACCCUAUCCAGAGGCCUGAGAUGUACAUCAUCGGCGCCCAGCCGGUGUGCAGCCAGCUGCCGGGGCUGUCUCCCGGGCAGCGCAAGCUCUGCCAGCUCUACCAGGAGCACAUGGUGUUCAUCGGGGAAGGGGCCCGCAGCGCCAUCAAGGAGUGCCAGUACCAGUUUCGGCAGCGGAGGUGGAACUGCAGCACGGUGGACAAUACUUCCGUCUUUGGGAGGGUGAUGAAAAUAGGUAGCCGAGAGACCGCUUUCACCUACGCGGUCAGCGCCGCCGGGGUGGUGAACGCCAUCAGCCGCGCGUGCCGCGAGGGCGAGCUGUCCUCGUGCGGCUGCAGCCGAACCGCCCGGCCCAAGGACCUGCCCCGGGACUGGCUGUGGGGCGGCUGCGGGGACAACGUGGAGUACGGCUACCGCUUCGCCAAGGAGUUUGUGGAUGCCAAGGAGAGGGAGAAGAACUACGUGAGAGGUUCAGAGGAGCAGGCUCGUAUGCUGAUGAACUUGCAGAACAACGAGGCUGGCCGAAGGGCCGUGUACAAGCUGGCAGACGUGGCCUGCAAGUGCCACGGCGUGUCAGGCUCGUGCAGCCUCAAGACCUGCUGGCUGCAGCUGGCCGAUUUCCGUAAGGUGGGCGACCUGCUCAAGGAGAAGUACGACAGCGCUGCGGCCAUGAGGAUCAGCCGCAAGGGCAAGCUGGAGCUGGUGAACAGCCGCUUCAACAUGCCCACCCAGGAGGACCUGGUCUACGUGGACCCCAGCCCGGACUACUGCCUCCGCAACGAGACCACGGGCUCCCUGGGAACCCAGGGCCGGCUGUGCAACAAGACCUCGGAGGGCAUGGAUGGCUGCGAGCUGAUGUGCUGCGGCCGGGGCUACGACCAGUUCAAGAGCGUGCAGGUGGAGCGCUGCCACUGCAAGUUCCACUGGUGCUGUUAUGUCAAGUGUAAAAAGUGCACAGAGAUCGUUGACCAGUACGUCUGUAAAUGA